GUUUGUAUUACUUUUUUACGGAAAUUUGUGUCCAAAAAUUAUAUACUGGCCCGAAAAAAGAAGAGAGGCCGAGUUGAUCAGACAGGCAGAGAGAGAGAGAGAGAGCAAGCAGCGGCGGCAGCAGAUUGGUUUUUCAAGCUCUUCAAAAAGUCCAAGUUUGCAUGGAUUUCUUUGGUCAAGUGUUUAUCAGAGAGUCAAUGCUACUUUGGUUGCAGAUGUUGUAAUUGUUUAUUUCCUCUAUUGAUGUUUAUUUAUGCAAGACAGAAAAGUUUAAGAUAAUAAAUUGGAAGGAACUAGUAAGUUAUGGAGCCCCUGUGGAAGCUUUCAUAUUUGCUGGAGCCAGCACCCAUUACGCUCAUUGUGACAGCAGUGGCUGUGACAUUUGGAUCUGCAUUUCGGGCUCUAAAUUAUGGGAAGGAAAUGGAGCGAAACCGUGACUUUUCUGAAGCAUCCAUUACAUUAGAUAGGUCACAAGCACUAAUGAUCCCAAUUAUGAGCUCUUGCAGUUUGCUUUUGAUGUUCUACCUGUUCUCGUCUGUCUCACAACUCCUUACUGCAUUUACAGCCAUUGCCUCCGUUUCCUCCCUUUUCUUCUGUCUGUCUCCUUAUGUUGCCUAUAUGAAGUCACAGUUUGGUUUGACUGACCCAUUUGUGUCACGGUGCUGCUCAAAGUCGUUCACGCGAAUUCAAGGGUUAUUAUUGUUGGCCUGCUCUGGUAUUGUUGCAGCUUGGCUUGUUUCUGGCCAUUGGAUAUUAAACAAUUUGUUGGGCAUCUCCAUAUGUAUUGCAUUUGUGAGCCAUGUGCGUUUGCCAAACAUCAAAAUAUGUGCAAUGCUCCUUGUUUGUCUGUUCGUAUAUGACAUAUUCUGGGUUUUCUUCUCUGAGAGGUUUUUUGGGGCGAAUGUCAUGGUAUCAGUGGCCACACAACAAGCCUCGAAUCCUGUUCACACAGUUGCUAAUAGUUUGAAUCUUCCGGGGUUGCAAUUGAUAACGAAGAAGCUGGAGUUGCCCGUGAAGAUUGUUUUCCCUAGGAAUUUGUUGGGCGGAGUGGUUCCUGGAGAAAAUGCUAGAGACUUCAUGAUGCUGGGUCUAGGCGACAUGGCUAUUCCUUCCAUGCUUUUGGCUUUAGUCCUCUGCUUUGAUCAUCGAAAGAGCAGGGAUUCAGUGAAUCUCUUAGACAUACAUUCUGCUAAGGGGCACAAAUACAUAUGGUAUGCCCUUGCUGGGUAUGCCAUUGGACUGGUAACUGCUUUAUCUGCCGGUAUUUUGACGCACUCACCUCAACCUGCACUUCUUUAUCUGGUGCCUUCCACACUGGGACCAAUUGUUGUGGUCUCUUACAUUAGGAAGGAGCUAAUGGAGUUAUGGGAAGGGAACAUACCGAACCUAAACGAUAAAGCUCACCAAACAGAAGUUUGAGAUGUUUUAUGAUCCAACACAUCGUCACUACUUGAAGUGCCAAAUUGAAAGUUGUAGAUUCAUUUGAAAUCUCUAUCCUUGUUAAACUUCAAUAGAAAAUCAACAAUUAUAUGUUUAUUUAGGGCAUUUAACAUUUGGCACAAAAUGUUUCCCUUUAAUCGCCCAGAAAUGAAAAUAGGGAAAUUUAUGUGAA